AUGGAAUCAGUCACACAAAGCUCAAAAGAAGAAAAUAAUGUUUGUCCCUAUACGCUGUGGGAUAAUUGUGUUGUUUUCAAUGGAAAAUGGAUUCAAGCAAGACAAGUUCGAUUCAAAACAAAAAAUAAUGGACAAGAAGGCGUGAGUUUAUAUGAAAAUAUAUAAUUUUUAGAAUAUAAUUCCUAUUGAUUUAGGUAUGGCAAUCAGUUCAUCGUAAUACAAAACCAGUGGGUGCUCCAGCUGAUGGUGUUAGUAUUAUCGCAAAAGUCACAAAAAAUGGUAUCAAUUAUAUGGUUCUCGUCAAACAAUAUCGUAUUCCAACCGGUAAAAUGUGUUUGGAACUUCCAGCUGGUUUGAUAGAUAAUGGUGAAACUGCUGAACAAGCUGCUAUUCGAGAAUUGAGAGAAGAAACUGGAUACACUUGCUCAAAAGUUAUUUCGCAAUCUGUCGAAUGUUUUUUGGAUCCUGGAUUGACUGAUGAUUCGCAAUGUUUUGUAAUCUGUGAAAUUGAUGGAGAUGCAAAAGAAAAUCAGAAUCCAAAACAACAUUUAGAUAGUACAGAAGCAAUUGAAGUUGUGCUGGUUGAACAUUCAAAAUUGUUAGAUUAUCUCAGGUUUGUGUUUGAAAUUUGAAAAAAAAAACGGUUUAGCAUAACAUUUUCCCAUCCAACCCAAAUCACUGAUUUAUUUCAGAAACAUGGACAAAUCGAUAGCUGUCGAAGCCGGUCUUUAUGCCUAUGCUUACGGAGCCCAUUUUGCCAAAAUAUUUGGAAAAUAA